GCUGCGGCCCGAGCCGGCGCUGAGGGGCCAGCCCGCAAUGGAGGCCCCGCGCCCGCUGCUGCUCCUGCUGCUCCUGGCGCUCUGCGCCGCCCGUGCCGUGGCAGAGACUUCACAAACGGAGACCGGCAAAUCUGGGCCAGAUGGGGCACCUGGAGCAGGUGACAACCAGGAAAACCAGAGCACAUCCCCAGAGAACAACAAGCAGAAGGAUAAACUCAACAAUGGCGACUCUGAAACAGCUGCGAAUAGCGGGACCAGCGUGGAUGUGAACAAAAACAAGGACCAGAGCAACAAUCCAACUGAAAAUGACAGCAAAGAGGACGAGGAGAAGAAGAAGAAGGAGUCACAGAAAGCCAGCACCACAGAGGAUGCUCAGAAUGGCCAAAGUGCAAAUGUGAUUAGUGAAAGCAGCAAUGAAGGAGGCAAGGAAGAAGGAAAUGAAGGCCAGAACAGCAGCGGUGGUAGCACAGGCGGCACAGACGGUGGUGGCACUGGUGGCCAGGACAACACUGGCAGCAACGCUGGUGGCCAGGGCAACACAGGCAGUGGCACUGGUGGCCAGGACAACACUGGCAGCAACACUGGUGGCCAGGGCAACACAGGCAGUGGCACUGGUGGCCAGGACAACACUGGCAGCAACGCUGGUGGCCAGGGCAACACAGGCAGUGGCACUGAGGGCCAGGGCAACACUGGCAGCAGCACUGCUGGCCAGGACAACACAGGCAGUGGCACUGGUGGCCACAGUGGCAGCAGCAACAACAACGGGCAGAGCGGAGACCAGAACAGCCAGGAUGGCAAGCAGCCAGGCAGCUCUGAGAAGGACACCAAGGGAGACGGAAGUGAGAAGGGCAAGGCUGGCGAUGGCAAGAGCAGUGACGGCAAGGACAACGAGAACACAAAUGGCAGCAACACCCAGGAGGGCAACAAGGACCAGGAUGGCAACAAAGACCAGAGCACCAACCAGGACAGCAGUGACAGGAACAGGGCAGGCACCCAGGGCAGCAACAAGGACCAGAGCACCAACCAGGACAGCAGUGACAGGAACAGGGCUGGCACCCAGGGCAGCAAGGCCAGUAGUGGGCACACAAAUAGGGGCAUCAGCCAAGGCAGCAGUGGUGGGCAGCAGGCCCAGGUUGAGACCCCGGGCAGUACUGGUGAGAGCCAAGGCAGUGCUGGUGGCAAGCAGCCUCACAGCCAGGACAAUCCAAAGAACUCCCAGGAGGACCGAAGCCCUGUGUCACACUCGUCUCCCUCUGCUGUGGAGGACAACAGCUUUUUGGAAAACGAAGAAAACGCUGCAGAGGACAAGGCUGAGGAGGGCAGUGACACCUCCUUGGAGCAGGACACAGGGAACAGUGUUCCCUCCCUGCCCAGGGCCCGCUCAGAGAGCAGCCACUUCUUUGCCUACCUGGUGACCACAGCCGUUAUUGUUGCGGCCCUGUACGUGGCCUACCACAACAAACGGAAGAUCAUUGCUUUUGCUCUGGAAGGAAAAAGAUCAAAAACUGGUCGACGGCCCAAAUCUGGUGAUUAUCAGAGACUGGAUCAAAAGAUCUAGAUUCCUCCUCAGAUUAUGACAGCUGCCAAUGGGAACGCAGUGCUGCCACAGAUGGAUUUCAGUCCACGGGAAGGAGGGAAAACGCUUUCUGUUUUGCACCUGCACCUUGAUAAAACUUCUCACUUCCCUAAACUGCUCCUUUCCCAGCUGCCUUGUUUUCCCCCUGGGUGUCUGGCUGCUGGAAAAGCCAGUCCCAGAACUGCACACCCAGAACUUCUGUGUCCCAGUGCAGUGGAAUUUGCCAUCUGCUGGACUGAUCCCUCCUUUUUGUGGGGGAAAUUAAGGAUCUGCUGCACAAUGAGCCACGGGACUGUCCCUUGCCUGGGAACGAAGCUGCCUUGGUCUCUCCCCUCUCCUUCUCCUCCAUCCGUUGGGUUUGGAUGCUCAAGUUGGGAGCAUGUGAGUUCUCUUGCACUUGUUUGGAAUUGACCCACCACAGCCUCAGAUUUGGGUUUUCUCUCCUUGAUCAGUUUUCAGAUUUCACACCCGGAUUCCCUUUCUCACACAUACCUUUGGCCUUGCUGAAGCAGUUUUUGUGGUGUAGCUCAAAGCCUUCAUGCUCUGUGCAGGUCCAUUCCCUCCCAGUGCUCCCAGUUCAGCUGUCUGCCCUGGGGGUGUUGGUCGUGGUACAGUGCUGUGGAGGAGGGGUCAGGCUGGGGAAGCUUCGUGCUCUGUUGGGGUCAGGGAUUCAGAUGGGAAGAUUGCUUCCUCCCCCUUGUCAAGUGUAGGAAGGAAGGAAUAUAAAUCCCUGAGGAGUUUGGGAUGAGUUCCCAGUCCCUGCAGUUGUGUUGGAUGGGUACUGCUCAGACCAAGGGCUGCCAAAGGCAUUGGUGCCCCAGUUACACUGCUGAGGUGCUUUUCAUUCCUGUACUUCUACUCCCCAGAGGUUUGUUCAAGCUGGGAUGUUUCUGGAGAAGGCACAAAGUACCUGUUUGGCUCCUGCUUUGGAUUUUUCCAGUAUAGGCAGAAAAAAAUGGAUUUGAGGAACCCAGCUGUACCACAUCAGGUGCCAGGCAUGUGCCAGUCCUGUACUUGCCGACUGACUGCACAGGAAGAAUGCCAGGAUGGUUAAAUUCCCUAAAUUCCCUCCUGUUUUUUUUUUUCCUGGCCUUCCCAGGCCUGGGAACAAUCAGCACCUUGCUCUUUGGUCACCUUGGACAAGGGCAGAGCCAUUUUCUGGUCACUGUGAAAGCUGCCGCUCUAGUUUUGACUUCCUAAUAGUUCAUUCCAAGAGGGGAGAGAGGGCUUGACUUUCUCCAAACCCUAAAAUCUUCCUUUCCCUUUUCUGCUGGCUCUUGGCAAGCACGAGGAGCAUGAAGAGUCCUUCUUGGCUUUAAAGAUUCUCAGAGUUUCCCUAGGAAACAUCUAGGAUGCUAAAAGGACUUCCAGGAGUUGUUUUGGAGAGCAGGAGGGUGGAGGGAAGGGAAAGGGAAACAGGACUGGGAAUGUAACUCUCAGGGGAAAGGGUGGGAGCCUCUUGCAGCAAAUCACCCUGCUCCAGAGUUCCUGUGGGGCCAGCCAGGCUGGGGGGGCUGCUUCAGGGCAGGGCUGGGGAGGGGGACACAGGCUUUUGGCUGGUGACAGCAGGGAUACAAACCCUAUUCCAGUGUGUGGAAUUCUGUGUGCUCCUGGGCUGCUCCAGCCAGGAUUUUUUGAAUGUGUGCGCUUUUUGGAGUGUGAGUGCUCUACGCUUGCUUUGUCCUGUUUUGGUUUUAAUUGAAUAAUAAUUUAGAAAGGUGAUGGUUUGUUUUUUUUUUCCACCAUCCACUUAUUUUUCUGUCCUGGGAGCUGUUUCAAAUCCUCUCUUGCUCUAGGCUGUGGGAAUUCCACCCUGCUGCCAACAGGGGAGGGAAUAUUUUGGACCUCAAACAGCUCGAUCCCAGGCUGAGCCAAGCACAAGCUGCUUCGGGAAAUCAGGACACACCUCAUGGCUCUGGGAAGCCCUGGGUCUGGGGAGAAGCAGAUCUCACACCAGGCUGAACUGUGGGGUUUUUCCCCAGAAUCUCCCUGCCAGCACUUUCUGGGGCUGGUGUGUUCUGCCAACAGUGUGGGCUGCCCCAAACCUCUGGGAAUUGAUUGCAGUUUGUUGAGUUUUAUGGUGUUUAUGCAACAUGUCCCAAAGGGGUCAAGGUGCACAGAACCUUUUCCCUUUGGACGUGUGUUUUCCAUGGAUGGUAUCAGUUGGUACAGAAGGGUUUUUUGCCAAACACUCCUACUUUUCAGGCUUGAACCAGCACAUGAUUUGUUAUCUGCUGCAGUGAAAUGCACCUUGCUUGGAAGGAUCAGAAUUUUUUACAGCUCUUUGUACUGUUUUUUUUUUAUUUUGUGUGGUGAAGUCAGUAAAUGGAUUUAAAACUG